AUCCCGCAGUCCGCCUCAGCCUACCGCUCCGCCCUCAGAACAGCUCCGGCCGCCGCCGCGCCGCCCGGCUCUUAUUCCUUGUUUUCGGCGGGCUCUUGGGCCUCCGCGCCGCGGCCCUUAGUCAUGUCGGAUUCUGGAAGUUACGGUCAGUCUGGGGGUGAGCAGCAAAGUUAUUCUUCCUAUGGAAAUCAAGGCAACCAAGGAUAUGCACAAACUCCACAAAGCUAUUCUGGCUAUGGACAAACAACUGAUUCUUCAUAUGGGCAGAACUAUGGCAAUUACUCCAGUUAUGGACAGAGCCAAUCAGGUUAUACACAGUCUUAUGGUAGUUAUGAGAAUCAAAAGCAGAGCUCGUAUGGCCAACAGUCGUAUAAUAACCAGGGACAACAACACACAGAAUCACCAGGAAGCCAAAGUGGAAGAGCACCUUCAUAUGACCAGUCAAACUAUAGUCAGCAAGAUUCAUAUCACCAGCAGUCAGGCUAUGAUCAACAUCAAAGCUCGUAUGAUGAGCAAUCAAAUUAUAAUCAGCAGCAUGAUUCCUAUAAUCAAAACCAGUCCUAUCAUUCACAAAGGGAAAACUACAGUCACCAUACACAAGAUGACCGUCGUGAUGUGAGUAGGUAUGGAGAAGAUAAUAGAGGAUAUGGCGGGUCACAGGGAGGAGGUAGAGGGCGUGGGGGAUAUGACAAGGAUGGAAGAGGUCCUAUGACAGGAUCAAGUGGUGGUGACCGCGGUGGCUUCAAAAAUUUUGGUGGUCACAGGGAUUAUGGACCCAGACCAGAUGCUGAUUCAGAAUCUGAUAAUUCGGAUAACAACACAAUCUUUGUGCAAGGACUUGGGGAGGGUGUAUCUACAGAUCAAGUGGGAGAGUUCUUUAAACAAAUAGGAAUUAUCAAGACAAACAAGAAAACUGGAAAACCAAUGAUAAAUCUUUACACAGACAAAGACACAGGGAAGCCAAAAGGGGAGGCAACAGUGUCAUUUGAUGAUCCUCCUUCAGCUAAGGCAGCCAUUGACUGGUUUGAUGGAAAAGAAUUCCAUGGCAACAUCAUUAAAGUGUCCUUUGCCACUCGAAGACCUGAAUUCAUGAGAGGAAGUGGAAGUGGGGGUGGGCGUCGAGGCCGUGGAGGCUAUAGAGGCCGUGGAGGCUUUCAGGGGAGAGGUGGAGACCCCAAAAACGGGGACUGGGUUUGCCCUAAUCCAUCAUGUGGAAAUAUGAACUUUGCUCGAAGAAAUUCCUGUAAUCAGUGCAAUGAGCCUAGACCAGAGGACUCUCGUCCCUCAGGAGGAGAUUUCCGGGGGAGAGGCUACGGUGGAGAGAGGGGCUACAGAGGUCGAGGGGGCAGAGGUGGAGAUCGAGGCGGCUAUGGUGGAGACAGAAGUGGUUAUGGUGGAGAUAGAAGUGGGGGUGGCUAUGGUGGAGACAGAAGUGGCGGCUAUGGUGGGGACCGAGGAGGUGGCUAUGGUGGAGAUCGAGGUGGCUAUGGUGGAGAUCGAGGAGGCUAUGGAGGAGACCGAGGAGGCUAUGGUGGAGACCGAGGAGGCUAUGGUGGAGACCGAGGGGGGUAUGGUGGAGACCGAGGAGGCUAUGGAGGAGACCGAGGAGGCUAUGGAGGAGACCGAAGUCGAGGGGGCUAUGGAGGAGACCGUGGUGGUGGCGGCAGUGGAGGCUAUGGUGGAGACCGAAGUGGAGGCUAUGGAGGAGACAGAAGUGGAGGCUAUGGAGGAGACCGAGGUGGCUAUGGAGGCAAAAUGGGUGGCAGAAAUGAUUAUAGAAAUGAUCAGCGCAACCGACCAUACUGAUGACUGUUUUGAAUGUUCCUUUGUCUCUGACAUGAUCCACAUUGAAAUUGCCAGAGUUUUGCCUGCUGCUUUCCUUGUGGCCU